AUGUCGACCCCAUUACGGAAUAUUAUUGUUGUUGGCGGCUCGUUCGUCGGGCGUAUGACAGCUCAGGAGCUAGCAUCCAUUGUGCCUUCAACACAUCGGGUCCUCUUGACUGAGCCACAUAGCCAUUUCCACCACCUUUUCACCUUUCCUCGGUUUGCGAUUGUUCCGGGUCAGGAGCACAAAGCAUUCAUUCCGUACAGUGGUAUCUUCAAGGCGUCGCCCAAUCCCUCCAACCAUGGCGUAGUCCAGGCUCGCGUUCUAUCGGUCAAGCCCAAUCAUAUUGAGUUGGACCGUGAAUGGCAUGGCUCAAAGGAACUUCCUUUUGACUAUGUCGUUCUUGCGACAGGCACCCGUCUCUCCAAGCCUGCGGCUAUGGACGAUGAUGAUAAGGCAUCGUCAGUCGAGUAUCUACAAAAGCAUCAAGCUAGCGUUAAGAGAUCCAAGUCGAUUUUGAUUGUCGGUGGCGGUGCUGUCGGUGUUCAAAUGGCGACCGAUCUGAAAGAAUAUUAUCCAGACAAGGAAGUGACCGUGGUUCAAUCUAGGCCGCAGGUGAUGCCGAACUUCCACUUUGGGCUCCAUCACCUUAUUAAGAGACGAUUUGAUGAGUUAGGGAUCCGACUCAUCACUGGCUCUCGAGUCAUUGUUCCACCGAGUGGAUUUCCCAACGAUGGUAGUACCUUCGAUGUCCAUCUCACAAACGGUAACACCGAGUCCACGCAAUUCGUCGUCCUAGCCACCGGACAAACUCCAAAUAACCAGCUGGUGGCAGACUUGAAGUCUUCUCGCCCGGAUAGCGAGUCGGUCAUCAAUCCAGAGAAUGGAUUUAUUCGCGUUAGACCCACUAUGCAGUUCCUAGAUGAAGAAUAUUCGAACAUGUUUGCUGUGGGUGAUAUUGCAGAUACCGGUGCCCAAAAGGCCGCUCGUCCAGGCUCAAUACAGGCAGCAGUUGUCGCGAAGAACAUACUGGCUUUAAUUGAAGGACGCGCUGCCGAGAACACUUUUGUUAAGGGACCUGGGGCCAUUCAUUUGACACUCGGCAUGAAACAUAAUGUCAUUUUCCGCAAUCCCGAUACUGUGGAUGGUCAGACAGAGCCCUGGAUCAAGCCAAAGGAUGAUGGCCGAGAGGAUCUGAAUGUGGAAGCUAUGUGGGAGAGACUGGGUAUCUCGGUUGAGAAUCCUCGUGAAUAUCACCUAUAA